GGGGCCGACGGUGGCCAUAUCUUUAAUCUCCGCGGCCGUGGGCUGUGGGGAGAGCUGCGGCUUACGGGCUCGCUUGUCAGCCGCGCGUGAAAAGGCCCUGGAAGGACGGCAGGAAGAUGCCUAGUGUGGACCUUCUGAUGUUGAAGGCCUUUGAGCCCUACUUUGAGAUUUUGGAAGUGUAUUCUACAAAAGCUAAGAAUUAUGUAAAUGGGCAUUGUACCAAAUAUGAGCCCUGGCAGCUAAUCGCAUGGAGUGUCGUGUGGACCCUGCUGAUAAUCUGGGUCUAUGAUGUUGUCUGCCAGCCAGAGAGUUUAUGGUCCAGGUUUAAAAAGAAGUGUUUCAGGUUAGCCAGGAAGAUACCUAUUAUUGAACGCAAGAUCCAAGAGAAACUCAGCAAGGUCAAGGAUGAUGUUAGUAAGAACUUGUCAUACCUGAAAGUGGACAAAGAAUAUGUGAAAGCUCUGCCAUCCCAAGGUCUGAGCUCGUCUGCAGUUCUGGAGAAGCUCAAGGAAUACAGCUCAAUUGAUACCUGUUGGCAAGAUGGGAGAGCCUCGGGGACCGUGUACAGUGGGGAGGAGAAGCUCACCGAACUCCUCGUGAAGGCUUAUGGAGAUUUUGCAUGGAGUAAUCCACUGCAUCCAGAAAUCUUCCCAGGUCUGCGUAAAAUAGAGGCAGAAAUUGUGAGGAUAGCUUGUUCGCUUUUCAAUGGAGGACCAGAUUCCUGUGGAUCUGUGACUUCUGGGGGGACAGAAAGCAUACUGAUGGCUUGCAAAGCGUAUCGGGAUAUGGCCUUAGAAAAGGGAAUCAGAAAUCCAGAAAUUGUGGCCCCCCAAACUGUCCACGCUGCAUUUGAUAAAGCAGCCAAUUAUUUUGGGAUGAGAAUUGUUCGAGUUCCAGUGAACAAAAUGAUGGAGGUGGAUGUUCGGGCAAUGAGAAGAGCUAUCUCCAAGAACACUGCCAUGCUCGUCUGUUCUACCCCCCAGUUUCCUCAUGGUGUGAUCGAUCCUGUCCCUGAAGUGGCCAAGCUGGCUGUCAAAUACAAAAUACCUCUUCAUGUAGAUGCUUGUCUGGGAGGCUUCCUCAUUGUCUUUAUGGAGAAAGCAGGAUACCCACUGGAGCAGCCAUUUGAUUUCCGGGUGAAAGGUGUGACCAGCAUUUCAGCUGAUACUCAUAAGUAUGGCUACGCUCCCAAAGGCUCCUCAGUGGUGUUAUACAGUGAGAAGAAGUACAGGAACUAUCAGUUCUUCGUUGCUCCGGACUGGCCAGGUGGCAUCUAUGCUUCUCCAACCAUGGCGGGCUCACGGCCUGGUGGCAUUAGUGCGGCUUGUUGGGCCACGUUGAUGCACUUCGGUGAGAGUGGCUAUGUUGAUGCUACCAAACAGAUCAUCAAAACUUCUCGCUUCCUCAAAUCUGAACUGGAAAACAUCAAAGGCAUCUAUGUUUUUGGGAAUCCCCAGUUGUCAGUCAUUGCUCUGGGCUCCCGUGAAUUUGACAUCUACCGACUGUUUAACCUGAUGACUGCUAAGGGGUGGCACUUGAACCAGUUGCAGUUCCCACCCAGUUUUCAUUUCUGUAUCACAUUACUGCACGCCCAGAAGCGAGUAGCCAUACAGUUUCUAAAGGACAUCCGGGAAUCUGUCACCCAAAUCAUGAAGAAUCCUAAAGCAAAGACAACAGGAAUGGGUGCCAUCUACGGCAUGGCCCAGACCGUGGACAGGACUCUGGUAACAGAAUUGUCCUCAUUCUUCUUGAACAGCUUGUACCUCACAGACACGGUAGUCCAAGGCAGCCAGAUGAAUGGUUCUCCCAAACCCCGCUGAGCCUGGACCCUUCCUAGCCCCGAGAGGCUUCUGGCCUUCUGGCCUUCUGAAGAUUCUUUGGGUACAGAACAGGGCACCUGCAACUUUGACACCUGGUCUUGCUCCAUGGAGCACGAGUCGCCUACACAAUAGCUUGAUCCUCAGGAUUCUUUUUCUUUCCUAUUCACCCUUUUGAGAUUUUUAAUUUUAAGACCCCUGAAAAUUUCCAUUACCUAAUGAUUUUGGCUUUGUUUUAAAUUUCAUCCUAGGAAUUGUUUUAACCAUGGCCUUUUCUAAUCUUUCUGACUCUCAACUUCAUUAAUCAUUGUGUGGCGCCUCUUACCUGUCCUGCUUCCUUAGGGACUCUAGGCUUCAGAUUCUGAGAUAGCACAAGGUUUUCUUUGUGUUCUCAGGCAGAUUCUUUGACUAGUCAGGUAGCUGCCUGUAACAGGUGUUUCCCCAGGUGGGUCUUACAUAUACUCUAAGCAGGAUGCCCUCAUUUUAAGAAUAUGUUAACUGUUCCUCUUAGAGUCACUUUUAUUGCAACUAGUUUUAUUUUUCCAGGCCAUUGCUCCCCCUUAGGCAGGACCUGGAGUGGUUGGGCCUAUUUGCUCAGUCAUAGAGGGGGGUUUGGAGUGGUCCCUUUUGGGCUGGCAGUAGAUUCUUGUUGAAAUGCUGUUCCCAUUGGUUCGUUCUUGUUUUCAUGGACUAUGAAGAGAACAUGGAUACCAGAGAAUCUAGAAUUGCUAGUGGUUAGUACAAACCUGAACCCUCUCCUGGAGUGGUGAUGAUCAGAAAUCAGACCCUUUACUAUACUUGUCUCAUACUUUUCUGAGUAUUAGAGUAGGAUGAGCCCCCAAGUUCAGAUAUAUGUCCCCAUAGUUGGUGGUGAUUCCCUCCCUCAAUUGCAUUUAAGCUAAUAUGUAAUGAGAAUUAUGUUUGCUUGAAGUAACAAUUCAAAGUGCCGUCACGAGUUGCCUUGACUUACCCUAAUGAGGAUAGCAUGAGAGAGCCCUUAUGGCAAGAAAAACUUUCUGUCUCCCUUAGUGUGUUCUUCCUAAAGGAGUGGUUAGCAAUAUAAAUUAGAAAUAUAUUUCCGUAACAAAAAUUUAUUCAGCUCCCAAAGGUACUAUGGCAGUUUAGCCUUCAGUAGUGGACAUUUCUCAGCCCUGGCUAAGAGGGAGCAGCUUAGGAUGACAUUAACUUUUGGGAAUAGGAAAGCAUGAUGGUAAGCAUCAAUUAUGGUCUAGGGCCUGGAAUUCUUUCACAAGACUCUGCUCAGGGUGGUGCAAGGGCAGGACCAAACCCUGCACGCACUUCCUACCCUCUUCCCCCGUGUUGGCCCUUGACCCACGUUGAGCCACUGUCCUGCUCUAAUGAUGUCACGAUGUGUGCCUUUCUCUUCAGUGGUGAGCAGUGAGCUAUACCUGACCUAGGUCUUAGGGGAAAUGCAUCAAUUUUUGAGGUUUUAUUUGGGUAGGGAGGUUCUUAGGACAAAUCAGGAGAAACUUUCCUCUGUUACAUUCCCCUUCUCAGGGACUCCUGAACAUCCAUCCUCUCCAGGAUGGUAUCCUCUAGCCUCCCUCCCUGGGAAUGCUAGCUGGGAGAGCCACGAGUACCACGCUUCUUAGCAUGUUUGUCUAAAGUGUUCGUUAGCAGUGUACUUCCUACACAGUAACUGUGACUAGCUGGCCAUGUCACUUCAGGAUUGGGGUGGGGUGUGUGUGUGUCUGUGUUUUCCUCCUGUUUGCUCUUAGUGCAUUGUGGGCUCCAAGGAUGGUUGGUGUUCGUGUGUGACAGCGGGAGAGGCCGGGGUCCUCGGGACAUGGGGAUCAUGUUUCUGCCCAGUUGCUGAACUGGCAGGCAUCUCCUUUUGAGGGAGUAUCUGUAGUAGAGCCAUGCAAGAAUUGUCUCUUGGGUCCCCAGUGCAUUGUGUGGAGGAGGUCCAGGGAGCCAGAACCACCAGCAGGCACCACCAUUUUUUGCCAGCUGCUAAAAUGGAGAAGCAUGUGCCCAGUAGAGCAUGCUCACACUUCCAGUGGCUCCCCAGGACCACACUCCUGAGCCACUCACUUCCUCGGUACUGUGACAGCAUUGGUGCAGGGGGGUGGUGUAGUUUUCAAAGGGACCUAUUGCAGUCAUUUUAAUUUAUGAUUAAGAGCCUUAGUUUGACAACACUGUUUUUAGGUUUUUCACUUGGUGUGUAUUUGUGGGCUGUACGUGCACAUCGUAAUAGCUAGUUUGUGGCUGAGGUGGGAUGGAGUGUCUUCCUUGUAUCAUGUUUCUAGCAGGUAUCAUAUUAGCUCUGCAGAAACUAAAUUGUCUUGUUUCUGCAUUAGAAAUAAGUGUUCAUGCAGACAUACUGCCAUGUCACUUUUAAUAGGAUCAGUUUUAUACUUGGAAAAUGGUACUUGCCUUAUUGUUUUCUUUCUGUCUUACCUAACCUCCUUCUUCCCAGCUCAGCACUGCUUUCUCAAUUGCAGCAAUAACCUCUUAAAAAGCUAUUAAAUAAUUAAAUGUCCCAAGUCUCGAUCACUGUGAA